CGUUGAUCGGUGUGAAGAGAAGAGAGUCAGUGAUGCUCCUGCAGUGAACUGACACACGAUUGAACUGGUUUAAAUUGGAGUUUCUUCACGUUGCUUGGUUUUGUGCCCCUUCAUUCGGUGACAUGUCCUGACUGUGGAUCUUCUGAUGACUGGAGUCGGUCAGGAUUGCUUUUGCUAGGAUUAGAGCGGGUCUUCAUCUCUGUCUGACAAGUAGCAACCAGCAUGGGACACCCAGAAAUGUUAACCCUGACUUCAGAACCUGUACCCGAGCUGGUCCUCUGAAGCCUAUAGAGGCAGAUGAAAGGGGGGAAGAAGAAAUAAAAUACACAAAACCGAACAGAAGAAAAAGUGAGUGACAGCGAGAGAGGAAGGAAACGGAUGAGAUUGUUAUGGGCAACUGCACCAAACCAUCUAUGAAAGAUAAAAUGAAGAAGGACAGAGAGCUGAGACCAGAGGAGCUUGAUGAGCUCCGCGAGGCGUUUGUGGAGUUUGAUAAGAAUAAAAAAGGCUACAUCAGUCACAAAGACCUGGGGGAGUGUAUGAGGACCAUGGGAUACAUGCCCACCGAGAUGGAACUCAUCGAGCUGAGCCAGCAGAUCUGUGGAGGUAAAGUGGACUUUGAAGACUUUGUGGAGCUGAUGGGACCCAAGCUGCUGGCGGAGACGGCCGACAUGAUUGGAGUCAAAGAACUACGAGACGCAUUCAAAGAGUUUGACUCUAACGGUGACGGUCAGAUCAGUUUAAUGGAGCUGCGCGAGGCCAUGAAGAAGCUGAUGGGAGAACAAGUGACCAACAGAGAGAUCAAUGAGAUCCUCCAAGACGCCGACCUCAACGGAGACGGUCUGGUGGACUUUGAGGAGUUUGUACGAAUGAUGUCCCGCUGACCAGCACAGAUGCCCAGGUGUCAGACGGACGACGGACAUUAUGCAACUGCUGGAAAAGAGGACACACUGCACACGUAGUGGACUUUCUUCAUCUGCUCUUAAGAAUAUGCAUCUAAAUAUAUAUUUUUAUAUUAAAAAAGGGGAAAACCACAAAGAAAAUGCUUUGAAUAGAACAUGACUGUCCACAUCUGAAUGCAAGGUGCAACACAAAGAUAAAACAUUGAAACAUAUCAAAAGCUUCAUAGAUAUUCAGUCUUUUAGGUGUACUUUUUUAUAUCAUAUUAUUUAUUAUAUCUAUUCAGUUUCUCCUUUCAUUUUAAAAUCUUGUUUGUAAAACUGUUACUUUUUUUCUAAUUAAAGAAAUGUACAAAAA